AUGCGGAGGAUAGAAAUUUCGACGAUUUUUUUGAUAUUCACAGUGGUUUUGGUGUUAUGGAAUGGUGCAGAUGCUUCGGUGAUCACUCGAUUACGUCGAGACGCGGAAGACGCCCCCAUUGCGCAUAGUCUCCUCGAAAAUCGAGAAAUCCGUCGAGCGCCGCCAGCAAUUCUCCAGAUGAUUGGACCGUUGGCAUUCGGAAGAAAAGAUGGGGACGACGCGAAGGCACACGUGCCGUUUCUAGGACAGUUUGGUGUUGGAGACGUGAAUCAGAUGACGGCCAAGUUCACGCCGGAAGGGAUGACAGGUCAGAAGGCGAAUGGGGGGACUUUCGAUAUUGAUGAUGAGAAGGGACCACAGUUGGGGUAUAUGGAUAGAGAGACGACGAUGGGCGAGCGGUCGGGAAGCACUGGCAAGAUGUCAAUCCUUGGUCUCGGCAACAUCGAAAUGGGAGAUGUCAAGGAGCAAGGAACCGGUCUUCUCGACUUUUCCAAGUCAUUAUUCCCAUUCCUCGAGCUGCCCACCCUCAAAAACGAGACUGAAAAAGAUGAGCACACUCAAGUGGAGCAAACCUACACCGAUUAUUACUACCCCAAGCCAAGAUCCUAUCUUGGGACCUCUUAUGACGUCACUCGACCCCAGAUUCCUGGGAAAAACCGAGAAGAUAUCGAGUUCCCAAAAUUAGUCGCCGAGGAGCCCCCGAAAAAAUACAGUAACCCAUUCGACUCGGUGAAAAUCCGCCCGAGAGCUCACGCCGCCGUCACCAAGACAGUUGGUGAUGAGGAUAGCGAUAAGGAUAGCGACAAAGAAGGAUUCAUCGCUCAGAAUGGGAAACAAGUGGAUCCAGAUGAGGAUACGACGCCACUUCUGACGGCGGAGCAUAAGGUUUCACAGGUCACCACCCGCAAAUCCAUUCAUGAAGUUGGACUGUCCCCCAGAGAGAUUUACGCGUUGUGCGCCAAAUUUGCACCAAUGGCUAAUCAGCACUGCUACAAGAGCAAAGUGGAGGAGCAAUUCGUGGAGAGGUGUCGAGGGUAUCAGAAGGAUUGUGUCGAGUUUAUUGCGAAGGCCCGCCCCCUUGGCGCCAUCGCUAACUCAUUCUCCUCAGGUGUGGGUCUCACGUAUUACGACUGGAAUGUCAACGGAAUCCCCUAUUACCCUGUGAACGAGGAGGGAUCCAUUGGAAACGGUCAUCACGGAAAAGUGGAUUUCGGUACCUGGGGAGGAGGGUAUUCGGAUAAUCUUGGAGUGAGAGACUUCUGGUCGCAGACGCAGGAGUAUGGAGCUAAUUGGUAUGAGGGACAAUACGGAUACAAAACCGGGUGGAGCAUUCCGUUGGUUCAGGGACUCGGUGUGGAAGGGGGUCAAGGAGCACAGGUGUCCGUACCGAUAAAAGAGGGAGAGCUUGGGAAACCGAUUACUGUAACGAAUGGAUAUCAUGUCGGACCGUUUAUGGGUCUGGCGGAUCGAGUCGGUGUGGAUUGGUUGAAUGGAGGCGUGUCGUGGAAUAAGGGUUUUGCCGUACCAUUCGUCGGAGUCGGUGUGAACACAGGAACCGCCGUCGGCUUUCCAUCAGUCGGAAUGAUAAUGAACCGAAUGGGUUUGAAUAGUGUGGAGACACUCAACACAAUGGCGAGAGCUGCCGCGGCGGAGACGGCUCAGGUAGCAGAGCAACGAUCUACGAAAAUUGAUGUGGGGAAUCUAUAUCUAUAG